CCACCAUCAAUGGCCUCUACGUUGACUCCGAUAUGCUCAAAACGCUUCUCAGACUACGACGCCGAUGUCGUAUUCCAAUCCAGCGACUCGAUACAGUUUCGGAUACAUCGCAAGUACCUCGACGCCACCGCAGGUGGCUUUCCACCCGCUGAUUUUGCUGGUCCUGGUCCCGGAGAGGUCAUACAACUGCAGGAAGACUCUCAAACACUGGAAUUGCUGUUUCAGUUCACUUGCCCUAAUCGUCACCCGAUUCUCGAUGAUGUUGCUUUCGAGAUCCUAGCUCCUGUCGCGGAGGCUGCAGAAAAGUAUGAGGUAUACGCUGCGAUGAACCACUGUCUUCAUUGCAUGAAAGCACACGUCCACGACCAUGCAGAGCAAGUCAUAGGGUACGCGGCAAAGCAUGAUUAUCCGUACCUUUUGGAUGUCGCAGCCCCACAAGCUCUGAGCAAAUCUCUUUCCGCGAUGGUGUCCUCCCUUCCUCAACAUCUGGUCGUUCCGUGGAUCCAAUAUCACGAGCAGUAUAUUUCAAUCAGGAACACCGCCUUGAACUACAACUCCUUCAACCGAUGCCAUUCUACUCUAAACAACACUGGUUUAAUAUGUCGACAUUGGGAGGAGAGAUACCGCGGCCCGAUUACUGCAAAACUACUCGCUGACAUCUCUGUGCUGUUUGAUUUGAAAAGGCUGUUCGAGGCGGAAUACGAGACGCGGAAGAACACGAACUUUGGAUGCUGUGUUCAGCAGUUGAAUGGUUGGAAGAAACAGACGACGGAGGAUCUUGCGGGCGUGAAGCCUCUGCGCGACUUUUUGUGA